CAACUCCACUCCCCAGUAAGCUCCGCCUCCCCCCCUCCCCUCCUCCUCCGAUCUUCUCCUCCAAUUCGUUCUGCUGCGAAAAUCAAUCAAAUCGAAUCGCCCCACUGCUACUACUGCUGCUAAUCUAUAUACUACUACUGCUUGCUACUGUUUCUCUCGCUCGCAUCAUGCCGCGCUUAGGUUUUUUCCGUUCAAAAGGGUUAGGGUUUCGGGAUGUCGGGGCGGCAGCAGUCGGAGGAGCCGGAGGAGCAGGUGGACCUGGAGGGGGACGACGACGGCAUGGACGACGACGACGGCGGGUACCGCCGCCGCGGAAGCCGGGACGACUCGGAGGAGCCCGAGGAGGAGGACGACAAUGACGACCGCCGCGCCGAGGGCGACGGCGACGGGAUGGCGGCGGAGCCGGCGGCCGCGUUGGGAGCCGGCGACGACGACGACAUGGAUAAGGAGGAGGGCGCCGGCGACGGGCCCGAGGACGAGGAGGAGAAGAGGAAGUGGGAGGAGCUGCUCGCGCUGCCGCCGCACGGCUCGGAGGUCUUCAUCGGCGGCCUGCCCCGUGACAUCACCGAGGAGGACCUCCGCGAGCUGUGCGAGCCAUUGGGAGAAAUCUAUGAGGUGAGGUUGACGAAGGAUAAGGAAACAAAGGAGAACAAGGGGUUCGCCUUUGUCACCUUCACCGACAAGGACGCCGCGCAGCGUGCGAUCGAGGACUUGCAAGACAGGGAGUACAAGGGGAGGACUUUGCGAUGCUCAUUGUCGCAGGCAAAGCACAGGCUAUUUGUUGGGAAUGUGCCCAAGGGGCUGAGUGAGGAGGAGCUGAGAAACAUUAUCAAGGGGAAGGGGCCAGGUGUUGUUAACAUUGAGAUGUUUAAGGAUCAGCAUGACCCAAACCGUAACCGUGGCUUCCUCUUUGUUGAGUAUUAUAACCAUGCCUGCGCAGACUAUGCCAGGCAGAAUCUGUCAUCACCAAACUUCAAGGUUGAUGGAAGCCAAUUGACUGUCAGCUGGGCUGAACCAAAGGGUUCAACAGAUGCUUCAUCUGCGGCUUCUCAGGUGAAGACUAUAUAUGUGAAGAACCUACCUGAGAAUGCUUCUAAAGAGAAGAUUAAGGAGCUGUUUGACAAACAUGGAGAGGUCACAAAAAUCGUUCUACCACCUGCCAAGGCUGGGCAUAAGAGGGAUUUUGGAUUUGUUCAUUUUGCUGAAAGAUCAAGCGCCCUGAAGGCAGUUAAAGGAAGUGAAAAAUAUGAGAUUGAUGGUCAAGUACUGGAAGUAUCCAUGGCCAAACCUUUGGCAGAUAAGAAACCUGAUCAUUCACACAGGCCUGGAGGUGGCCCUAAUUAUCCUCUUCCUCCUUAUGGUGGUGGCUACAUGGGAGAUCCAUAUGGUGCAUAUGGCGGCGGCGGUCCUGCAUACAACCAGCCAAUGAUAUAUGGUAGAGGACCUGCACCAGCAGGAAUGAGGAUGGUACCAAUGGUGCUUCCUGACGGUCGGCUUGGCUAUGUCCUGCAACAGCCUGGUGGAAUGCCGCCUCCACCCCCACCUAGGAGGGGUGGCGACCGGCGGGAUGGUGCCAGAGGUGGUGAAGGGAGCCACAGCCGGCGAUAUCGCCCUUAUUAGCUUUUCCCUUGUGUGCUCUACCUCAUCGCGCUGCAUGAUGGAUUUGUUAACUUAUGAGACAAGAUAGGAGCCUGCGUUUCAUGUUCCAGUAUAAGGCCUGCAAUGGCAUGAGGCUUGUACCAUCUGUUCUUUCGGUAACUUAUUUCUAUCAUGCAGUGCAUGUGGCUGAAACUGUGUUCGCUUUGUAUCAGUUCCUACCUUCUAGCACUUUGUAGUGGUGAACUGAUGAACUGUGGACUCCUGGUUGGAGCUUUGUUGGCUUAGAAUGCAUGUUUUGCUGCAUUCAUGAACCUGUUGGUAUAAACUGAUAAACAAGUGUCAGUAUUCAAUCCGGUUGGGAGAGUUCAUUCUGAAUUGAACAUUGGCGCAUGAACUACAUCAAACUGGAAUCGAAGGGAAUCUUUGUUCU